AAUCUCGCGACACCUUAGCUUGUCCAAAGGUUCCCCACGAUGGAGGUCGGAAAAGUUGGUGUUGAUCCCAGAAACCUGUUUUUUCUGCCGUGAUGGAGAGCGGAUGAAGAUGAGGAGGGUGAAGCUGAGGGCGAAUCGGGACCAGCUGCUGUGCCUGUCCAGAGGACAAACAUCUGGAGACUUCCAGAAAGAAGGGACGCUGCGAGUCGGGAGACGGGAGUCCGAUCUGACGGAGAAGUUCUGUCGGCUCAGAGGAAACCUGCUCUUCAUCCUGAGCAAACAGGGUGGGAAGCUGGAAGAGGUGCUGCUGUUGGAGAGAUGUGAAGUCAUGAAGCUGCCAGGUGAUGACAGACGGCUGGCUGUCAGCUUCGAGAGCGGCGACCCUCUCGUCUUCCUGGAGACCAGCAGCUCUGCAGAUUGCGUCUCCUGGCUCGUCGUCCUGAGAGACGCCAACAUGGAGGCGCUGAGGCGACGCAUCGCACGCCUCCGCACGCUGGUUAACACACACGCCAACCGGCACGCACACGCUGCCGCCGUCUGCAGCAGAGGAGAGAGACGUCUGAAGGACGGCGGAGGUGGAGCCAAACCUGCUGCUCGAGUCUCUCCACUGCACCUGGGAGUCAGUGUGGUUGCCGUGGCAGCCAGAGUCCAGCUCCAGGUUUGUGUGAUUGACACACACACUCAUACGAUCAGGAAGUACUGCUGCGCUGAGGUAGAGCAGGGACCGGACGACGGUGUGUUUCUAACAUCAGUGUGUUUCCGUGGCGACUACCCUCUCUACCAUCACAGCAGGAUCAAAGUCACUGUUUACCGCGCAGAAAAGCUGAAGACACACACCACAGGGAGCUUUCUGGGCUUCACCACCUUCUCCAUCAGAGAUCUGCUCAGGUCCAAGGAGCCCCACGUCUCCCUGAGCCUCAGGACGAUGGACGGAGCGAACGAGGUCGGGGAGGUGAAGGUGUCGCGGGUGCAGACGGAGGGAGAGAGCGGGGACAGACCUCCUGAACACAAGUGUCCUGCGCUGUGUGACAGUCUUCACACUUCAGUCCACGACAAAGAGAACAGUCCAGUGAUGAGAGCAGUGCUGUGUGCUCAGGUGUGUAAGGUGUACAGGUUUCAGACGGAGGAUCGCAGGUGGCUGCUGGUCCGAGAGCAGAUGUCAGAGACGCCGCUGUCGUUCUCCUUACCCAAACAGCUACUGAGCGUGCUCAUACGCGAGCACACGAGCAGGGUCCAGGAGCUGAAGGAGCUCGGUGACCUUUCGCCCCACUGGGAUGGGCUGCGGCAUGACGUCAUCAAACACUGUAGCGUCCUGAUUGGCUGCUACGAGGAGACGCUCGCUGAGCUCGAGAUGCUCUCAGCCGCGUCCUGCUUCAAGUCCAGCAGCAGCAAGUCGGACAAACACCUUCAGUUCGUUCCAACCAACCUGCACUCGCAGAGGAUGGAGGUCAGCGGUCCGGACGGCGCAGGUGUGUGGUACGAGGUGAUAACGUUUGGAGCUCCGGCUGAUCACCACCAGUCCUUCAAACAUGGAGGACUGAAGAGGCUGCUGAGCAAGCACACGAACCACACAGACAGCUCCGUCUCUUACUCCCGGGAUGAGAGCUCCAGAGCGAAGGAUCUGCUGGCAAGCGUCGCCCAGCUGCAGCCUCUGGUCUUCGGGCUGGCUGAGGAGCUGCUGUCCGUCUCUCUGGAGCUGAACGCCGCCCGGCUGCAGCGGGUCCUCGACGGCCUGACUCAGCAGACAGAGCUGUUCGUUCAUGCGCUCAAAGAUGAGCUGGUGAAAGACGCCCUGCUGGCGAUGCACAUCCAGCACGCCGCCCACUGCAACAGCAGCCACAUCCACAGCAACGGCUUGCUGUGCGACUACACGCCAGCCGACCGCGAGGGGCGGGACUCGCUACGACGGGACACGGAGUACGACGAGGAGGAAUGGGACAGGGUGUGGGCGAAUGUUGCCAUGAGCCUCAACUGCAUCGUCACCAUGGGCGACCGGCUGCAGGGGCGGGAGGAGCGGCCUCAGCAGGCGACACCAUCAGAGCAACAGGAAGCCAGCGGGGACACAAACUCUCAGAACACUGCUUCCUCCUCCUCCUCCUCGGCGUUCUCCUGGCAGGAACAGCUGCUCCCCCUGGUGCUCACUCUCAGGGAUUGCGUGCGCGAGGCGGUGGCGAGAGCCCGAGCCGCCAUGACCUUUGUGGUCCUACAGAGGGCCGUUUCCACGACCGUCGCUCAGGGACCCACUCAGGUCGCCCGGAGACGCCACGCCGUCUUCAGCCAGGCGCUCUCAGCAGUCGUGUGUGGGUUCGUGUUGAAGCUGUAUGGGGGUCUGGAGGAUCCUGAGUUCCUGCGGCAGCUUCACACUGUCGGGAUCCUGGCUCAGUUUGAAAGCCUGCUCAGCACCUACGGUGAGGAGGUGGGGAUGCUGGAGGACAUGGAGGUGGGUGUGGCAGACCUGAGCGGUGUUGCGUUCACUGUCAGCGAGGCUAAAACAGAACAAAUGGACGAUCUGCUGCCGACCCUCAGCGGAGCAUGGGGCAGUUUGGUUGUCGAGGUCCCGUUGCCCCCGGAGACCUUUGGGUUGUUGCCAUGGGAACUGAAGGAGGGGCGAUUGAUACGAGUUCAUCCUGUUCUCUUCAACAUUGGAAUAAACCAACAGCAGAGUCUGGCUGAGAGGUUUGGCGACAGCUCGCUGCAGGAGAGGAUGAACCAGCAGAGCUGCGAGCGCCUCAAGGCGUACUGCGACGCGCUGAAGGCCGCGCUGCCCGACCUGACUGGUGUCCGGUCUCUGGUGGACCUGCUGUCCUCUCUGGAUCGCAGCCUGGAAGCCAAGAAGAGGAAGAACGUGGAGGUUCUGUGGAUCGCUGCGACGGUGUGUCGUGCGGUGAACGGCGUGCGUCUGACGAGCUGUAAGAGUGCGAAGGACCGCACGGCGAUGUCGGUGACGCUGGAGCAGUGUGUGUUACUGAGAGAGCGACACACACUCGGCCAGCAGCACUUCAGCACCGCACUCGACUGCAUGAGGAGGUCUCGUCUGUCCUGGGGGCAGAUGCUGGGCUGCUACGCCCACUCAGGGCUCACAGUGUGUGGGUUAGAGCCAGGGGAGCGUCCCUCAGAUGUCCACAGCUGCUGGGCCCCUAAGGCCCCCCGGCGACACCUGUACCCGGUGGCCUUCCUGCUGGUGACGUCUCACCUGCUCGUCCUGUGGCUCAUCCUCAGCCUGGUUAUCCUGCUGGCCAGAUACCAGUAGAGCAGGCUGGGAGCUCUGAGCUCAGGGUGGACCACACAGAUGAUCACUCAACCACCUUUUUAUUAUUCUUAUCCUUAAUCCUCCUUUUUCUGUGAGGCUUGUUUGUAGCAAAGCUCAAGGUCAGAUUCAUCAAACUGAAUGGCUGUGUUUCAGAUCGCUCCUCAGACUAAACACUCAGUUUGUAACGUCCAUCCCGGUUCAUCAAAGUCCCAAACUGGAAGAUGUUCAGUUUAUCCUGAUGGGAAACAGAAGAAACAGCAGAUGAGUUCGCCUGCUCUUCAUUCGCUGAAAUGUUUUGAGUCAUGCUGAGUUCAGGGUCACCAACAGCUGCCGUCAUCAGAGCGGCGCUGAUGCAAAUAAAGAGGGAAAACAUAUUAAACGAUAAGCCCAGCAGCUGCUGAAACGACUGAAAUAAACAAAUAAAAUCAUAGAGGCUUAAACGCCUCAGAGCCACAACGACGACGACGACGAUGAUGAUGAUGAUGAUGAUGAGCAGACCAUCAACUCAGCAUUAUUUAUUUUAGUUCAUGUGAAGCCAUAAUGAAAGUCAAGACGUAUUGAGAUUAAAGUUCUGAUUCUUCUUCCUCUGUGACGGAUCUGACCAAUCGUGUGUUUAGUUUGUUAUUUAUAUAUUUAUUACGUGCAUGCGUGUACAUUAUGGUGGCGUGUUUUGAUCCGUGUGCACGUGUUUCUGUACCGUCGUGUGUGUGUGUGU